UCACGGAGGCGCGUGCGCGCUCAGGGCCGGCCCACCCCGCCCGCAGUCGCGCGACCCCCCAGGGCGGCCACGGGGGCAGAGCUCGAGCGGCGGGCGCGGCCGGCACGUGCGCGCGCGUGCACGCGACGCCCCUCUCCCGCCGCCAUGAUCGUGUUUGUCAGGUUCAACUCCAGCCACGGCUUCCCUGUGGAGGUUGGUUCGGAUUCCAGCAUCCUCCAGCUGAAGGAGGCAGUUGCCCAGCGACAGGGAGUUCCAGCUGACCAGCUGCGGGUGAUUUUUGCAGGGAGGGAGCUCAGCAAUGACUUGACACUGCAGAACUGUGACCUGGCCCAGCAGAGCAUUGUUCAUAUUGUUCAGAGUCCACAGAGCAGUCAGAACAAGGAGAAGACAGAAGAUAGCUGUAUUGGAGGUGUUCCAAAAACCUUGAAAAGAGAACCUGAGAGUUUAACUCGCAUAGAUCUCAGUACCAGCAUCCUCCCAUCAGUCUCUGCAGGGCUGGCAGUUAUUCUGGAUCCUGGAAAACACAGUGUUUCACUUCCCUCUGAAAAAUCAGGUGCAGCAAGUUACAACAGUUUUUAUGUUUUUUGCAAAAAUUUCUGCCAAGCUGUGAAGCCUGGAAAGCUGAGAGUCCGUUGCAGUGUGUGCAAACAAGGAACACUGACGUUGGCAAGGGGCCCAUCUUGCUGGGACGACGUGCUAAUCCCCAACAGAAUAGGAGGUGUUUGCCAGUCCCGAGGGUGCACUGGAAAUGUAGCGGAAUUCUACUUUAAAUGUGGAGCACACCCAACUGCUGACAGUGAAACAUCUGUGGCUUUGAACCUCGUUACAACAAACAGCCGCUGUAUCACAUGUAUAACAUGCACAGAUAUUAGGAGUCCUGUGCUUGUGUUCCAGUGUGUGCAUCGCCAUGUCAUUUGCCUGGACUGCUUCCACUUGUACUGUGUGACCAUGCUGAAUGACCGCCAGUUCAUCCAUGACCCACAGCUUGGCUAUUCCCUCCCCUGCGUAGCUGGCUGUCCAGAUUCCUUGAUUAAAGAACUUCAUCACUUCAGGAUUCUGGGAGAAGAACAGUACAGCCGCUACCAGCGCUAUGGGGCCGAGGAGUGCAUGCUGCAGAUGGGAGGAGUGCUGUGCCCGAGCCCUGGCUGUGGGGCAGGUCUGCUUCCUGAGCCAGGGAUGAGGAGAAUCGUCUGUGAGCCUGGCAACGGGAUAGGCUGUGGGUCUGUGUUCUGCCGUGAAUGUAAAGAAGAAUUCCAUGAAGGGGAAUGCAACCCUCUCCUCAGCCCACAGGGAGCCAUGGCCCAGAAGGGAUACGCAGUUGAUGAACACGCAGCCAUGCAAGCUCGAUGGGAAGAAGCAUCUAGAGAAACAAUCAAGAAGACAACCAAGCCAUGCCCCAACUGCAAUAUUCCAGUAGAAAAAAAUGGUGGCUGCAUGCACAUGAAAUGUCCUCGCCCUCAGUGCAGAUUUGAGUGGUGCUGGAACUGUGGCCUGGAGUGGAACAGAACCUGCAUGGGAGAUCACUGGUUUGACUAGCAGUGCUGAGGCCAACCCAUGUUGCUGCUAAAGCUUUUUUUAAUCAGGGCAAAAUUCUGAACCACUUGCUUAAACAAAAAUCCCAGUGGUUUUAGGGACACAGAGUUCAGAAGUUGGCCUACUUUGUUGGUUUUUUGCUUUAUUGCAUAUGCAAUCAUACCAAAAUCACAUUGAAGUUAUGCCAAGGCUUUUUAAUCCACUAAGUAAAAAGAAUAAUUGUUUUAAUGGACAGACUUGCUCAUCAUGGUACAAAGAGGGGUAAAUUACAACUUUUUGUACUUGUGCAGUCUGUCAACAUGGAGAGUUGGCAGGGUUACUGUGAGGAACCUUACUUGGCAUUUGUAGUCAGGAAUCCAUAACUCUUGCAAGAGGGAGCAGCCUGCAUAUGUGUGUGUGCAGUGUGCAAGCAUCAAAGGGCAUGGAAGAUAUUUCUUGCAUAAUUUUGUUUUUUUCUUUGACCACUUCUUCACUCAUUCAGCACAAUUUUUGAUUUUGAGGCAGUAUUUCUUAACAGCAUUUUUGUCAGAGGGAAGGCUGUGGCUCUUAAGUGUUUUCUCAGGGUUUCUUCAUAGCAGGCUUUCUGCAGGGGUUUUGCUUUCAAACAGAAUUCUCAUGGAAACACCCAGCUUUAUGCUGUACUUGUGCUGCUGUAUUUGGGAUAUACAACACAAAGCCAGCCUACCCACUCAUUACAGACUUUGUUACCAUGGGAAGAUUAGCUAAGGAUGCAGUGUCAGCCCUACCCCUGGCUGCUGGUGCAGUGGUGACUGGAUCCAAUUAAGUGUUGUGCAAGAUACACUCACAGGGCUUCAUUUUUCUUGUACUUAUGGGAUGCUUUGGACAUGGCAAAGUGAGGCAGGAGGAGACUUCUCAGGGCUUUUAUCUACCAUGAUCCUUCUAAAUUGAAUGACAAUAUGGGUAUGAUUCUGAAAAUAUAUUCAUUGCUCUAAUGGUGUGGGGCAGAGGGACAGCUUCAUUUUACAAUGUUAACACAGUAAGUAAAGUUUAAUAGCAUUUCCAAGUCUGGACAAUUUUACUGUUUGUGAUCUUUGCAUUGAUGUUUUAUGUUUUACAAAAUGGGUAAUGUCCACAUCCAACACACCAUGUAAGGAUAUGCACACUUUAGUUCUGGGAAAAAACGCACAAUAAAUAAAGUGGUCAAAAUUUUAAACUUUAUUUCUUUUUUUUCAUUUGAAUACAAAGUAAGUGAGUACAAAAAUGUUGGGUGGGUCAUGCAUUGCCUUGACUGAUUCAAACUCCCAGCUGAGAGGCAAGCCCUUUGAUCAAGACAUAAUGUUAGCACAAAAUAA